AUGUACCGCAGCCAGUUCAAGUCCCUGCCCUUUUCCACCCCUGAGGCUUCCAAGAAGCGGAUUGCGGAAAAGGAAGUGAAAUUGGCCCAGCUUAAGCUCCAGUUCGAACAGCUUCUGGAGCAAUAUAAGUCUUCCGAGUCGCCAGAGACGGUAGUUAAGCGUCAUGUCACAGACUUGAACCGAUACAACGGGGUACGAGAUGCAGCUCUAGCAAUGGUGACAAUGAUCGCUGAGCAGAGAAGUUUGAGAAUCGCAGAUGUGCUUACCGAGAUGGGCGUAGAGCCAAACGAGGAGUGA